AUGGCUACAGUCUCGGACCCACGUGAGCUCUCGAAGCCACCUCAGACCGAAGAGGCAGACAUGGAGAAGGACACAAUAGCCAGCGGCAAGGCUGGUAGCAUAAACGAUGCCGACGUCAUUCCCAACGCUGCCUCCGGACCCUUCAACAUCGACAAACAGUCAGAGCGUGCCCUGGUAUGGAAGCUCGACCUCCGGCUGCUUCCGGUACUCUCUAUCAUGUACCUGUUCAACAGCCUCGACAAGUCAAAUCUGGGCAACGCCAAGACCAACGGCCUCGAGAAGUCACUCGGACUCGAGGGGAACCAGUACAACAUACUCUUGUCCGUCUUUUUCAUCCCGUACGUGCUCACGGCCCCGUUCCUGGGCAUCGCGGGUAAGAAGUUUGGCCCCAGCCGGGUGCUCCCCAUCAUGAUGUUCUGCUUCGGCACGGUCACGCUGCUCGUCGUCGUCUGCCACAACUUUGGCGGCCUCUUUGCGCUGCGUUGGUUCCUGGGCAUGAGCGAAAGCGCCUUCUUCCCGCUCGUCAUCUACUAUCAGACCAUGUUCUACCGCCGCGGCGAGCUUGCCCGUCGCCUUGCCAUCUUUUACGCCGCGCAGAGCAUCGCCUCCGCCUUUGGCGGCCUGCUAUCCUUUGGAGUCUUUCAGAUCAAGGGCGGGCCGCUCGAGUCCUGGCGCUACCUUUUUCUCAUCGAGGGCUCCUGUACCAUCCUCUUCUCCAUCUUUGCCUUUUGGUACCUUCCCCGUUCGGCCGGCGAGGCGCGUUUCCUGAACCCGGAUGAGCGGCAGCUUGCCUACCACCGUAUACAGAUGGACUCUUCCUCGGUGGUCAACGAAGAGCUCAACAUCCGCGACUCGCUCAAGAUCUUCAAGCACUGGACCUCGUGGCUCAUCCUGGCCAUCCAAAUGUGCCUCGGAGUGCCGCUGCAGUCGGUCCAGCUCUUCCUGCCCCAGAUCGUGCAGCGCCUCGGCUUCGGCGCCGCCAAGACCAACCUGUACACCGUGGCGCCCAACGUCACGGGCGCCGUCAUGCUCCUGGUGCUCGCCUUCGCGUCCGACUACACCAGGCUGCGGUUCCCCUUUGUCGCCCUGGGCUUCCUCUUCACCUUCAUCGGCAUGGUCAUCUACGCCGGCCUCGACGACGUCGUCGGCAGCCAGCAGAUGGUGGCGUACUUUGCCUCCUUCAUGAUGACGUGGGGCACUUCGGCGCCGUCGGUGCUGCUCGACGUCCUGUACAACAACAACAUCGCCCACGAGGGUCGCCGCGUCGUCCUCACCAGCGUGGCGGUGCCCGUGGCCAACAUGAUGGGCGUGGUCAGCUCAAACAUCUUUCUGAACAAGGACGCCCCCAAGUAUCUGCCUGCUCUGAUCACCACAGCGGCCUUUGGCGGUCUCGGAGGCAUCCUGACCAUCGUGCUCGGAUUGUACAUGAUCUGGGACAACAAGAGGAGGGACGAGGCGCAGGGUGUAAAUGUCAGGCCUCAGGAUGUGCCUACUGAGAAGUUGAGGGACGGUCCUGACUCCCCUGAUUUCAGAUGGUGUUUGUAG